AUGGAGGUCGGCCGUCGCCCGUCAGGCGCGCGUACAGACGACAUGGCGUCAAUUCCACACGCUACUGACGCGUCAACUGCCAGUAUCCACCCCAGAGAGUCUCCUGUAUUCACUCAUGCUCCACUUUCUUGCCAUACGCUGCGCCAAUUGUGUAAAAAGCGCACGCGGCUUCACCCCUCCGGCACUUUGGUUAAGCGCGAUCGUCGCAAAGCGUCUGUUUCCAAGUCAAUGAAGCGCCUGAGACGUCUACAACGGUUCCGCUCGUCUACUGGACUGCCAGUGACGUCGUUCUGGGAAAAGGCGCAGCAUCUGCGCGACUCCGUGGACGAAAACACUCUUGUCCAGCAGAACCAGCGCUGCUUAUGUCGGUGUUUAUCGUGUCGGCACGAACGCCGCUGGAGCUCGACGCUUCCGCCGUAUCAAUGCAGUAACAAGAAUUGUCGGAUCACGUUUGCAGGGUUUAUUGAGCUUUUUGAGCACCAGCUGGACGUGCAUGGCGGCAUUGACCCGAAAACUAGUCGCAUCGUGAGCGAGCUGUACCACCAACAGCAAGGCGUACUGGCCUGUCCGCCUGCUACUGUGUACGCGGGACAGCAGGUUUUGUUUCCGAGUUGUCCACCGGUACGGUGGAAGUCUAUGGACGACUUGGAUGAAGAGGCCAGGACGUUGCCGCAACGGUUGCGGGACAGCAAUCCAAAUUUUUUUGCACGGCCUUUUAAUGUGUUUGUGAUUGCAUACGAGCUCGUGAAGCGGAACGGGUGGAAGGAGAUGGAACGGCAGUAUCACAUUGCAAUGGACCACUACUUUUCAGCGAUGAAGUACCCCAUGUCAACUCGCGGGUGCCGCGAUGGCUGCCCGUCUAUUGAACGUGGCAGAAACUGGCUGACAUCGACGGAUCGGGAAGACGCUCGGUGGCUGUUCCCGUUCAGCUUAGGCGACACAGUGGACGUCGAGCCGGAAUUUGUUCUGAUGGACACUCAAGACGACCAGGAAUUAUAUAUCGAGUUGAGUGACGAUGAAGACACGCGCGACGCAUGUGCAUAA